AUGUAUAUUUCACACAUCCUCAUCACCGCCCUCGCCACGACGAGCACAGCACAAGCCCUCCAUCCCGCCAACGAAGCUCAACCCUCCCCCCAACCCACCAAACGCCUCCUCGCAAGCGCCCUCAACUGGCUCACAAGCACCCUAAACAACCCCCCAAAAUCCGCAUCAGCAACCUGCCCCCCAGUCUGGACCGAAAUCGCCACAACCCUCACAGCCCAGUUCCUCGCAGACGGCCAAUGCACAGACGCCGCGCGCGCCGCAAUCCGCACCUCCUUCCACGACUGCUUUAACGGCGCGUGCGACGGCUCACUCAUCCUCGCCGGCGAAUGCUCAAACUCAGAGAACAGGGGCCUGGAGCGCGUAUGCGGUAACCUAGGCAAUCUCGCGCAGCAGAAGCAAGUCGGCACCGCAGACUUGAUCCAGUUCGCCGCCGCCCAUGCGAUCAAGACAUGUCCUGGUGGGCCGACGGUGCCGGUGAAAGUCGGGCGCAAGGACUCCGACGUCGCGAACGCACAGGGUAUACUGCCCGGCGGGCACGCCAGCGGUGUGGAUAUGGUGAAACUCUUCGCGUCAAAAGGCUUCACACCAAAGGACCUCGCCGCCCUCCUCGGCGCACACACAACAGCCCGCCAGCGCACCACGGAUCCCUCCCGCGCAAACGCCACCCUCGACUCUACCCCGGGCACCUGGGAUAACAAGUACUACCAGGAGACGCGCAGCGGGCAGGCGCCCUUCACGCUGCCCGUCGACAAGAGCAUUUCCACAACGCCCGCAACUGCAGUCCCGUUUACGGCCUUUGCGCUGAGCAAAUCUGCGUGGGAUGUUGCGUUCGUGUCGGCGAUGCAGAAGAUGAGCUUGUUGGGCGUGGAUAAGGAGGGGCUUGUUGAUUGUACGAGUGCGCUUCCCGGGGGCAGUGAGAAGAGGGAGGUUAGGCGCGGGAGUGUGUUUGAGAGGUUGGGGUGGUAA